AUGUACGGGGCGGUAGCACUUAAAAUCGGAACUAUCAAGCGGCUAGCAGUUCGUGUAUUCAUGCUAAUUAUACUCCAAGCUGCUGGUGCCGGCUUUGCAGCUCCAAGUGUGUUGGUUACCAGGCAUGAAUCCAGAGCGGUAGAGUGGCUGCCGAUGGACAAUCAAACUGUCUACAGAUUAGAUGAAGGGGAGACCAGAAAUUUGGAGCUAAACACAACACAAUUAUUACAAUCAACGGUGUACAUCACAGUGAGCCCCUGCUCCAGAGAUUUUCAUUGGGCUCUCUAUAGAGGACAUUUCCAAGGUUCAGACGAUCAAUUGAAUCUUCUACAAGAAACUAGCGGAAGUGAAACCAGUACAUUGUCUGCGGUUAUAAAAAAUGAAGAUCGGUAUAUAUUACAGCUAUUCUCAUCAAAAGGGGGCGCUGCAGCGGUCAGCGUAAGGGGAGAGGCUCCGCGACUCGUUCGUAUGCGGUUACGCACGCGAUCGCGGCGAAGGCUUUCAGCUAACUGGGACCCAAGUCCAAUAGAUCCGCAUGUGACGUCAUACUGCGUAGUGGCAUCCCACAGGAAGAACUACACUUCACUGUGCGCAGCCCAGUACGACACCAGUGUCUGUAGCAGACGGUAUCAAGAACCAAACGAAACUCGCAAAACCCGAUACAAUACGUCGCGAGACUCCGAAAACUCUAUAGAGCUCGACAGAUUUGACAUAUUUGAGGGGAAUUUCAAGAAUGUAUUUCGGAGGAAGAAGUUUGGUCGCAGCACAAGAGUGUCCAGUGAUGAUCCCAUGAUCGCCUGCGUCGGCGACAGAACUCAUCAUCUCAUAGAAAACUUGGACCCCAGCACGACCUACUAUGUAAGCAUAUUUGGCAUAGCAAGAGACCGGAGAGCUGGAUCUCUUCUAGCAACAGGCAGUGUGCGACCGAGGACAUCCACAGCGAAGCGGUUGAAAGAAAAUGUUCCGCUCAAAACAAAUAUCCGGGGGAAAACUGUAUAUUAUUUUAAAACUGGAGUGGGCUUUGGAAGUGGCAUGUGGUUAUCAAUGACAACGUGUGGAGGAUCCGUUGACGUUGAAGUAAUUGUUAAAGGGAAACGCCUGUAUGCAAUCAAAGAUAUAGUUAGCCAUUCGAAGUUCUUCAUACCGGCUCCUAUCUUGGGAUCCUCAAUACAAGAGACGAGCGAUGAAGGAUCUGUUCAAUUCGACUCCAGUUCUGAAGAAGCUAAAAUUCGAUAUGUUGUGCGCGUGAUACCAAAUAGGUUGUAUAGAGAUGGUUCAGUUACUGUAGAGUUGACAGCUUCCACUACAAGAUGGGGCGCUAGUACACCGGAAUUGCUGGAAGAUGGCGUGAGGGAGCUACGACCGAGGCGAUCUUGCAAGUCUGUGGACGUGGCCUUUCUCCCAGCGAUUCAUAAUGCCACUGAUGUUAUAAGAUAUUGCAUAAUAGCGCGUGAAACAUCGCAAAACGACGGAUUUAUCUGCGCACUGUCAAAGAGAUUCGCAACCAAAGCACAGUGUAUUAGCCACAUGCAACGAACGCCAACCAGAGCAAUAGUACAAAAAGUCUUCGGUUUAAAGUCCGGUCGCAAAUAUGCCAUUCAAGUGGUCGCAUCUACGAAGGGCAGUCCGGUACCAUACAAGGUGUUAUAUGCAGACACAAACGCGUCGUGUAAAGAUUAA